GAUAAACUGCUGCACGCAUGCGCCGUGAACGACUGGGACGUACUGCAGAAGACAGAAUCCAGCCGAAGGGACAAGAAUUUCUUGUCGUAUGUCACACAAGACGCCCAUGUCGUGCGAUCUUCGUGUGCCGGACGGGUGCUUUGAAACUUCAGGCUGUUACGGAGCGAUCUUAUGAGCAAAAAGGAGGAAUCGGAGGCGGUGCAAGCUGCUGCUUUCCCGGCAGGCUUGGAACCUGGUACAGAGGAAGAGCCAGAAGACGCUGACAUGAAGCGAGCUGCAGUGAAACAACAAAUUGAGCUGUACUACUACCAGCUGACUGAGGGGUGUGGGAACACCGCCUGCAGUAACCAGUCCUGUGCAUCCAGUGGGAGCUUCAGUCCACUCAGCAAGAAUGAUGCAGCCGUGCAGGCCCUGGAGUUGUUUAAGAGUAAAGCGCCACUGUGCAGCCCCAAACCCAGGAAGGUUGCUCGUACCACAAACGACAGACAGACGACCAAUGGGGUACGAGAGAGCCUAUCCACUCCGGUACAGUGUAGUGAAGAAAGCCACAAGUCCAAUCUGCCAGGGACAGAAAAACAAGGUGCCAGGAAACCCAAGUUCCUGACAGAGACGGGGUUACAGGAGAUGUUAGACAGCUGUGAGAAGGACGGCAGCUUCUCUCCUGUCAUACGCACCCUCGGGGAGGUGUUCUCCAGCGUGGAGGCCCUCAAACACAGCUUCUGUAAGUCCCAGCCAGAGUCCCAGCUGCCUGACACCAGCACCGAGAUCGAGAAACACGACCGAGAACUGUCCGAGAAGGAAAUCCACAAGGAGGACGAACUAACCAUAGACGUAGAAGCCGUGAGAAGGUCGUACGCCGCCCUGUUCAGGCACAACAACAGCGGCGUGGAAAACGCCCUGUUGAACGGACUCAUUUCCCUGUCCCCCAAUGUGGAACUGGAGUUGCGGUAUCACUGUGCAUAUCAGCAGGACCCUAGGUACCUGAACUUGUUUGUUAUAAUCCUGGAGAACCCAAACCUACACAGUCCCGAGUAUCUAGAGACCGCGUUACCCCUGUUCUGUCGAGCCAUGAGCCAGCUGCCCAUCAAGGCCCAGGCGCGCCUCGCCAGGUUUUUCUCGGGUUACAGCGCGGAGCGACUGCGGGGGCUGGUGGAGACCAUACAGCAGCUCAUCACGUUUAAGGUCCUGAGCGGGAGUUUCUCACGGGUUCACCUGGUCAACGACGAGUCGGCCAUCACGUGUGCGGCGAAGGUGCUGAGCAUUUUCUACAUAGCAAGUAUCCUGGCGGGGGAGGUGGAGAUGGCAGACACGGACGAACCGGACGUGUCGUUACAACGCAGGAGGCACGGGUCGUCGGAAUCAGACGAGGGCCAGGAGAGGAAACCCACGCCGCUGCAGGUGCUAGAGAAGGAGGUGGGAGCCAGGGUCAUAAACUGUCGGUGCCCGCUGCUCCCCUUCACAGACUUCCACAACGAACCCCUCAACGAGCAACUAGAGGUGGACAAGGACUACACCUACUACAAGAGCCAGCUGGAGGACAGAUUUUCCUUUCUGAACUAUCCCUUCAUUCUGACGCCGGCGACGAAAAGCCUGGCCUUGUACUACGACAACAGAGUACGCAUGUUCAGCGAGCGGCGCAUGACGGUGCUGUACAGCCUGGUACAGGGACAAGUCGUACAGCCGUAUCUCAAACUAAGGGUACGCAGAGACCACAUCAUCGAUGAUGCUCUUGUUCGGUUGGAGAUGAUCUCCAUGGAGAACCCGGCUGACCUGAAGAAGCAGCUGUACGUGGAGUUUGAGGGCGAGCAGGGGAUAGACGAGGGGGGAGUGUCCAAGGAGUUCUUUCAGCUGGUCGUGGAAGAGAUCUUCAAUGCAGACUAUGGAAUGUUUAUCUACGAUGACCAGACACACAUGUACUGGUUCAACCCCUCGUCGUUUGAGACAGACGCCCAGUUCAAACUCAUCGGCAUUGUGCUAGGCUUGGCCAUCUAUAACAACGUCAUCCUAGAUGUCCACUUCCCCAUGGUGGUCUACCGCAAACUCAUGGCUAAGAAAGGAACGUUUCUAGACCUGCAAGACUCCCAUCCUGUGUUGCACCAAAGUCUGAAGAGCAUGUUGGAGUAUGAGGGAGAUGUAGAGGAAGACUUCAUGGCCACCUUCUGUGUGGGGAUGUCGGACCUGUUUGGCGGCAGCUCCACACACGAGCUGAAAGAGAACGGCAACAAUGUGCCUGUCACUGUAGACAACAGACAGGAAUAUGUGGACCUGUAUGCAGACUACAUCCUGAACAAGUCCGUGGAGAAGCAGUUCACAGCCUUCCGGCAGGGAUUCCACAUGGUGACGGACGAGUCCCCACUGGAAGAGUUCUUCCGACCUGAGGAGAUAGAACUGCUCAUCUGUGGAUGUCCGGACUUUGAUUUCAAGGCACUGGAAGAGAGCACCGACUAUGACGGAGGCUUCACUAGAGACUCCCAAACUGUGAAGGACUUCUGGGAGCUGGUUCACGGGUUCAGUGAGGAUGAGAAGAAACAGUUACUGAUGUUUGCUACCGGCAGUGACAGGGUUCCUGUGGGGGGGCUGUCCAAACUCAAACUGGUCAUCGCCAGGAAUGGGCCAGAUUCAGACAGACUGCCCACCUCUCACACAUGCUUCAACGUGCUGUUACUCCCCGAGUACUCCAGUAAGGACAAGUUACGAGAACGGCUGCUGAAGGCCAUCACACACGCCAAGGGCUUCGGCAUGCUGUGAACCAACCAACCAACCAAUAAACCAACCCCAGCAUAAUGUAGCACGUCCGUCUGAUAGCAAUGUAGGGGUAGAGUGACAGAAAUGUCUGUAACCCCCAACUAUCACCACUCACUAUGACCAUUAGAUCAAUGAGGAAAAUCCUAUGAGAUAUAUGAUUGAAAAAAGUCUUUAUGCCAGAUUUAAUGACAGAAAUUAAUGCACAAGAACAUAACGAUAUCAACAUUAGGGGCAGCACAUAAGGGAUUGUACAAUAUAGAUGUCAUCGUUUUCAAACGUGUCAUGCUAGGCCAGUCCAACCAACUGAACUUUUCUUGUAGUCAGAAUCACUUCUGUGUCAGUUCUGUAUUGAAAGGAGAAGGAAGGAUUACAUGUACAGUCCACAUGAUGACAGACUCCUACAAAGUCAGUGAAAGUAAUUGGUCUUUUAAAGGCCUGUUUUUUUACUGUAAAAUGUUUGUAUCAGCACUGAUAUGAGAAAAGCCACAGCUACUUUGUUUGAGAAUAGAUUUCUUCCAGCUUGUUUAUCUAUGUCUUACUAAGGGAUUUUCUUUCAGCAGCCAGGUUGGCUGAAGUAAGGUGAAAUUCUAAAGAAGAAAGAUGAGUGCUGUGCAGAGCCGAGGGGUGGACAGUUGAAAAUAUUGACUUUAACGUCCCGCAAAUGCCCUGACAGUGCUGUACAAAACAUAUCCCAGAAUUCUCCUUGGGGUUUGAAAUGGCCCUCUGGAUCUUUGACAAUGGUAAAAGUAUAAAGAAAGUUCCAGAUGAAAGACAUUGUUACAGUUCCCCAAUGUACAGAAAGACAAAUUCCAACAUGAACGAUGUCAUUUUACAUGAUUAUAGCCAUUGGUCUGCAGAUGGAUGGGCUAACAGUCAGAAAAAUAUUUCUUCUUUAAAAAUCAGUUGAAGGGCAGAAUCCAUGCAUAUUGUGUGGCCAAUCUUGCAUGACACACGAGAACAAAUUAUCUCAAAAACUCCAUUAAUAAUCAGUGAAUAUGUCAAGUUCUUUAUCUCUAUAAGUAUAUAGGUUGUGUCAGUAGAGUUAUACACUAUCUGAGGCUUUAGUACAUACAGAUUGCAAUGCUAUAUGAAUCAAACAUGUGCCUUUAUACUACGUAACAUUGAUGUUAGGUUUACAACCCAAAGUCUCUGUAUUAAUGAUAUAUUCAGCUGGGCUGUGGCACCUAUUGUAAAGGCAGCUGGUGUGGUCAAUAAUCUAAAUUACUCUGAUUUAAAUUAAGGAAAACUUGCAAGGAUAUUUACAGCAUUGAGGUGCCACCUGAAUCUGUUUGUUGAGCUGCUUUAGUAGGAGUAGGAGAUCGGGUACCAUGAUUUCCAUGCAGUAAGGCACUGCUUGUACGUUACUUACUUGGUCCAAUGCUGACUGUGGAACCACAAACUGGCCCUUGUAAUCACCAGGGAAUAAAUAAGAAGACUAGCA